AUGACUAACAAAUACGCCCCUGGAAACCCCUAUUACGGGGACAGUUCUCCCACAUCUGCACUUCUGGGCACCAAUCAGGUGGUGUUUUGUGUCAACUCGGUUCUUUUUCAGAGCUGUGGCCUCCUUCUUGAAGUGCCCAGUGGUCUCACAACUUCAUCAGUGAUGAAAAUUCGUCAGGAGUGUCCAAAUCGUACUGCCAUCUCACUCUCCGUUUGGGUAGAUAUUGCCAUUAAUGUUCUUGGCAUGCGCGAGUCCGUUGCCAGUUCAAUUUUCGAUGUGGUAUACGCAUUAACAGGUGGAUACACUCAAUACACUGCAGCAUCACUAGGAAGCAGUACAGGGAGCGGCAACGGCAGCCCUGAGGUGAGGUCGCCGGUGGAAUGCAGGCAGGAGGAAAGCCGGUCAUUACUUAAAAAGAUGGGCGGAACGGUAGACGUCGCCCGCUGGCCUGUAGUUUCCGCCACUAGGCAAAUAGGUUUACCGGCACUCAUCAUAUUUCUGCUCGCCCAACUUGUCGUGGAGCAAACUCAGCGAGUACUACCGGGUGAGUCGGAGCGGGAGCGCGUUAUGGCAAGUGUGCGUCAACACCUUCAUGACUACAUAAGUGUAGUAGCCAUCACGCGACCAGGAAGAUUAACGUUGAGUGAUUCGAAAGAGCUUCGAAUUUUGCUUCGGGAGUUCGUUAAUGGCGUGGAGCAACCUUUUGGCACCAGCAUCGGCUUUCUGUGGCCGCGGUCUGAGAAAACGAUCGACAUUACAAUACUCUCUCAGUUCAUACGUCCUAGGAUAACGGUGCCUAGUGAGUUAGCCGCCACUUCACGCUCGUCACCUUUUAGCAACAACAUUGUAGUUAAGGGUUUGCAAGGAACUAUUUGCAUCCCUACGUGCCCAGUGGUAACUUAUAGCCCGAAGUUAGCUAUAUCCUCCAGCUACACCGUCGAGAAGUGCUCGCAAACUAGCUUUUAUGUUACUUCCGACCUUCCUCACACACGGCUCACUCAACUUGUCAAUUGCACCGUUGCUUUAGGUCCAGUCGGGGGAGUUUUGUACAUAGAUCGUUGCGAGAACACCAAUAUCUCAGCCUUGUGCACUGCUGUGGUGGUGAACCGAUGCCGCAAUGUGAACAUAUUCAUCUGUACGAACAGUCCACCCGUACUCUGCCAGCUCGAGGGAAGCGAGAACUCAGAGAAUGUCCGCUUCGCCCCGUACAACUCGCACUACUCCACCUUAGAGGAGCAUCUGGCAAACUCCGGGGUAAACCCCAUGAUGAAUUUAUGGAAUGUUGGUAUCCCUUCCCCGCAUUGUAUCCUACCACCAGAUGAAUUCACCCCCGUGUGUUUUCCCGUCGCCCCGCACACCAGCGCUGUGGUGACCACCCGCACGAAUCCGUGUCCGCCGCCUCCGCCGUAUGCCACCGCGAUGGAGCGGCGCGUGCGACGUUUUCAGGAAACUUCGCGGCAGUUGCGGGAGGCAUAUGAACGACUCGAGGCGGAUGGAAGGAAAGAUUUAGCAGAUGAGUUACGAGGAAAAGUGCACACACUUUUUGUUGACUGGUUGCGGCGUGUGGGGCAGGAGCGAGUACUGGCCAGCCUUCUCCGUAAGAAUGCGAACGGCCAGUCGUAG